GACGAAAGGGCGCGCGGGUGGAGGCACCUUGUAGGACCCGGAUUGAGGCAAGAUGGCGGGCUCCGCGGAUGAAAAUUGGUGUUCCUAGAAGCAGAUUUUAAAGGCAGUUUCUUUUGAAAUAUCUUCUCAUUCUGCCUGAUAAGCAUCCUGGUUCACAAUGGCAGCAACAAUAAAGUGGGUAAUAUCAAAGGGAACUAUCUUGAAGCAUUUACUUCCAAUCCAAAAUGGAGCUUUAUCUUGUGUUUGUCAUAAAUCUACCUAUUCUUCUCUUCCAGAUGACUAUAAUUGCAAAGUGGAGCUUGCUUUGACAUCUGAUGGCAGGACGAUAGUAUGCUACCACCCUUCUGUGGACAUCCCAUAUGAACACACUAAACCCAUCCCUAGACCAGAUCCUGUGCAUAAUAAUGAAGAAACACAUGAUCAAGUGCUAAAAACCAGAUUGGAAGAGAAAGAUAAACCCCUGGAGCAAGGACCCAUGAUAGAACAACUUAGCAAAAUGUUCUUUACUACUAAGCAUCGCUGGUAUCCAUAUGGACAGUACCACAGACGUCGUAAGAAAGUGAAUCCUCCAAAAGACAGAUGAUAUAUCAAGGUUCUAAGAAGAAUCAGAGAGAGAGAUUAUCCUGUGCUUCAUUUGCCAUUUGAGGGAAUACAAUCUCGUGUACUUACUAAUAGGGUAUAUAGUAAAGAAAUAAAAAUAUCUUUUCAUAAACUGCAA